AUGCCUCAAAAGCUUCCACAAGCAGCAGCUCUUGUUCCUGGAUCAAAAUCUAUUGCCACUGAAGAAGUUUUUUCUGAAGCCAGAGAUCUUCCGAGAGACAAAGAAUUGGUCGAACAUUCGACCAGUCACGACCUGUCAGGUUCUCUCAAGUCCGAAGAAUCUAGCAAGUGUGCAAUUUGUCAAAAGAACCUGGGACGGGAGGGUGUCAAAGAAUUACAGUGCGGUCACAUCUUUCAUCAGACUGGCUUAGAUCGAUGGGCUAUAGAGAACCCUCAAGACGGUUGUGGCAAACCCAUCCAUGAGCUUUGCUUGAACAGAUGGCUCCAUGGAUCGACGACUUACAUAUGCCCAGCGUGUUCAACCGAUUAUUUCCAAUGGCACCAAGAACAACUAUCUGAUGAUAUAGACCUGGAAGCGCACGAACACGAUGCCCUCACGCACCUAACGGACCACGAAGGGCAAGGUCAGGCGCACCUGUUGCGGGAUUCCUCUGCAUUUUCAUCGUUGGUCUCAUCCAGGAAACGCAUGCGUGAAUACGCAUCGGAGAAUGAGCGGGUAGGCUUGUCUUUAGCAUCAUCUUCUCAUGCCAACAAACAGCGGGAUCGUGCGGAUCCAACAAGGGAAGAUCACGACCGUGAUGGCUCAGAUGAGAAUGCCGCAUAAGAUUCUACAAGGCAACAUACAGUAGCAGGAUGGAAAAUGAAAUUAAACU